AUGGGCUGCGCGAGCGUCACUUCCCGGAGGCGGGAGGCGAGUGGCGAGUGUCGGGGGGCGGGGGCGGCCCGCGGGGGCGGGGCGGCGGCGGAGGCUGAGGCUGCGGGCUCCGACCCACGCGGCGCCCGGCCCGCCUGGCCUGCAGCGCUCCAUCCCUGCGGCGACAGCGGCGGCGGCACGAUGCCCUUUGACUUCAGGAGGUUUGACAUCUACAGGAAGGUGCCCAAGGACCUCACACAGCCAACGUACACUGGGGCCAUUAUCUCUGUCUGCUGCUGCCUCUUCAUCCUCUUCCUCUUCCUCUCGGAGCUUACCGGAUUCAUAACGACAGAAGUCGUGAAUGAGCUGUACGUCGAUGACCCGGACAAGGACAGCGGCGGCAAAAUUGACGUCACUCUCAACAUCAGUUUGCCUAAUUUGCACUGUGAAUUGGUUGGGCUCGACAUUCAGGAUGAGAUGGGCAGGCACGAAGUGGGGCACAUCGACAACUCAAUGAAGAUCCCACUCAACAAUGGGGCAGGCUGCCGCUUCGAAGGGCAAUUCAGCAUCAACAAGGUCCCAGGCAACUUCCACGUGUCCACACACAGCGCCACCGCCCAGCCACAGAACCCGGACAUGACACAUAUAAUCCACAAGCUCUCCUUUGGAGACACAUUGCAGGUCCAGAACGUCCAAGGGGCUUUCAAUGCCCUCGGGGGAGCAGACAGACUCAACUCGAACCCUCUUGCCUCCCACGACUACAUCCUGAAGAUCGUGCCCACAGUUUAUGAGGACAAGAGCGGCAAGCAGUGGUAUUCUUACCAGUACACAGUGGCCAACAAGGAGUAUGUGGCCUAUAGCCACACGGGCCGCAUCAUCCCAGCCAUCUGGUUCCGCUACGACCUCAGCCCCAUCACGGUCAAGUACACGGAGCGCCGGCAGCCUCUGUACAGGUUCAUCACCACGAUCUGUGCCAUCAUCGGUGGGACCUUCACCGUCGCAGGCAUCCUGGACUCCUGCAUCUUCACAGCCUCGGAGGCCUGGAAGAAGAUCCAGCUGGGCAAGAUGCAUUGA